GGGCAGCCUCGGUCCACUGUUGGGCUGGGAGCAAGAAGCAGUGGCUGCCCUUGGAGAGCCCUCAUCAAAGCCCUGAUCCCCAUAGAUGCUCCUGUCUCCCCGCAGGCAGCUCCAGCUGGGAUGGCAGCUCCAGCAUCUCUAAGGGCCUCGGGGGGUCCAGCCCCCCAGGGGGCACCCUAGGCCUCCCACAGCCAGCCGCCUGUGUGCCUGCCCCCCACCCAUCUGCGGGUCACUCACCAUGGGUGGCUGCUUCUCCAAGCCCAAGCCAGUGGAGCUCAAGAUCGAGGUGGUGCUGCCCGAGAAGGACCGGGGCAAGGAGGAGCUGUCCACCGGCGGGAAGGGCAGCCCCCGGGCCUACCAGGGCAACGGCACGGCCUGCCACUUCCAUGCAGAGGAACGCCUGCCCGCCCCCCACCCCUACCCCGGCGCCCAGGACUGCGUGGAGGCUGCUGUCUGCCACAUCAAGGACCUGGAGAAUGGCCAGAUGCGGGAAGUGGAGCUGGGCUGGGGGAAGGUGUUGCUGGUGAAAGACAACGGGGAGUUCCAUGCCCUGGGUCACAAGUGUCCACACUACGGUGCGCCCCUGGUGAAAGGAGUGCUGUCCCGUGGACGGGUGCGCUGCCCCUGGCAUGGCGCCUGCUUCAACAUCAGCACCGGAGACCUGGAGGACUUCCCUGGCCUGGACAGUCUGCAUAAGUUCCAGGUGAAGAUUGAGAAGGAGAAGGUGUAUGUCCGGGCCAGCAAGCAGGCUCUGCAGCUACAGCGAAGGACCAAGGUGAUGGCCACGUGCAUCUCUCCAAGCACGGGCCACAGCAGCAGCACCAACGUGCUCAUCGUGGGCACAGGCGCAGCUGGCCUGGUGUGCGCGGAGACGCUGCGGCAGGAGGGCUUCUCAGACAGGAUUGUCCUGUGCACUCUGGACCGGCACCUUCCCUACGACCGGCCCAAGCUUAGCAAGUCUCUGGAUGCACAGCCGGAGCAGCUGGCCCUGAGGCCCAAGGAGUUCUUCCGAGCCCAUGGCAUCGAGGUGCUCACUGAGGCCCAGGACCCGGAGGCCUCGCUCUGCCCGGCGGGGUCACAGGUGGUCACGGUGGACGUGAGGAACAAGAAGGCCGUGUUCAAGGAUGGCUUCAAGCUGGAGUACAGCAAGCUGCUGCUGGCACCCGGGAGCAGCCCUAAGACCCUGAGCUGCAAAGGCAAAGACGUGGAGAAUGUGUUCACCAUCCGGACGCCCGAGGACGCCAACCGCGUGGUGAGGCUGGCCCGGGGCCGCAACGCUGUGGUCGUGGGAGCCGGCUUCCUGGGGAUGGAGGUGGCCGCCUACCUGACUGAGAAGGCCCACUCAGUGUCCGUGGUGGAGCUGGAGGAGACGCCCUUCAGGAGGUUCCUGGGGGAGCGCGUCGGUCGCGCCCUCAUGAAGAUGUUUGAGAGCAACCGGGUCAAGUUCUACAUGCAGACGGAGGUGUCGGAGCUGCGGGCCCAGGAGGGAAAGCUGAAGGAGGUCGUGCUGAAGAGCAGCAAGGUCUUGCGGGCUGACGUCUGCGUGGUGGGCAUUGGUGCAGUGCCCGCCACGGGCUUCCUGAGGCAGAGCGGCAUAGGUCUGGAUUCCCGAGGCUUCAUCCCUGUCAACAAGAUGAUGCAGACCAAUGUCCCGGGAGUGUUUGCAGCUGGCGACGCUGUGACCUUCCCCCUGGCCUGGAGGAACAAUCGGAAAGUGAACAUCCCACACUGGCAGAUGGCUCACGCCCAGGGGCGCGUGGCAGCCCAGAACAUGCUGGCGCAGGAGGCGGAGAUCAGCACGGUACCCUACCUGUGGACCGCCAUGUUCAGCAAGAGCCUGCGCUACGCGGGGUACGGAGAAGGCUUCGACGACGUCAUUAUCCAGGGGGAUCUGGACGAGCUGAAGUUCGUGGCUUUUUACACCAAAGGCGACGAGGUGAUCUCCGUGGCCAGCAUGAACUACGAUCCCAUCGUGUCUAAGGUGGCGGAGGUGCUGGCCUCCGGCCGCACCAUCCGGAAGCGGGAGGUGGAGCUGUUUGUGCUGCACAGCAAGACUGGCGACAUGUCCUGGCUCACAGGGAAAGGAUCCUGAGCUUGCACGCAGCGGACUCGGGCAGGCAUGUUGGGGCGUCAGGGACAGAGGCCAAGCCUGGGGGGCAGGUGCCAACCUCCAGUUCCCCAGGAGCCCCCAGGGCAGAACCUGAGCCCUCUCAGUGCUUGCCUUCGGCUGCCUGGCUCACCUCCCGAGAGGCCUCAGCGGCCUCCAGGAGAUGCUCAGCCCCCAAGACGUCCAGUGCCACUGAUGGCUGGCAGUGGAGGCGGGACAGACCCUGCCUCUUCUUCCUCUGGGACUGGUCCCCUGUAGGACCCUGCAACAUAUUAGACAUGAUCUUAAAAUUAAAACUCACACAUUUGCA